AUGGACUCCGACGGUAGCCUCACCCGGCUCGAGCUCGCCGCCCUGCUCCUGUCGCUGGGCUUCAAGCUCAUCGGUGACGUGGUCCUCGUCGCCAACAGAAACGGCACUGUUGAGUUCGACGAGCUAGUCACCACCAUCUUGCCCAACAUGAACGAUGAGAUACUCAUCAACCAGGAGGAGCUCAUGGAGACCAAGAAAGAAAUUGUGGCUAUGUGGAAAAAGCUGGAUGUUAAUCAAAAAACGAAAUAUGAACCUAAAAAUGCUUAUGCUAGCAUGUCGAAGAAGAAUUCUUUGAAGAUAGGCACGCGAUGUAGUCCAAAGGAUUUGAAGGACACUAUAAGUGUUUUAUGUGAUGAGAAAAAGAAUGUCAUUUUGGAAAUGGGUUUUGGGUCGUUAUUGGCAAUGUAG